AGUUCUCUCUCUCUCUCUCUCUCUCUCUCUCUCUUGCUUCAUUUGCUUCUGUUCUUAACAUUUUUAGCUCUUCAGACCAAAGCGAAAAGAAAAAAAAACACAUUUUAGCUCAAAAUUAAGCUCAUCAAACACACAUUGAACUAAAAAAUGGCAGGGAGAGAGCCUUUUAACGUAACAGCCAGGGCACCGGCGGUGACAUCACAGCGGUCACCAUGGCAUUCCCCGGUGCCCUACUUGUUCGGCGGCCUGGCAGCCAUGCUGGGCCUAAUCGCUUUCGCGCUUCUCAUCUUAGCCUGCUCUUACUGGAAGCUCUCCGGCUACCUCGAGAGCGGCGAAAACGGGGCCGGAUCGGAGCAGGACCUGGAGGCCGGAGAAGGCGGCAAAGGCGACGAGACGGCCCAGAAGGCCCCGCCGGUGUUCGAGGAGAAAAUCUUGGUGAUCAUGGCGGGUGACGCCAAGCCAACUUUCUUGGCCACGCCCAUGUCAAGCAGGUCUUCUUCUUUCGGCGACAAUAGCAGCAAUAGCAGCAGCAGCAGCAGUUGCAGCUGCAGCGAAAAGUCUGAGAAGUCAGUGGAAAUGAGUGAGGUUGGGAAGCAAGAAAACGGCCAUGAUCAUCAGGUACAGGCUAGUGAGAGCAGAGGGAAUGGCCAUGAGGCCUCAGAUCAGUCGGAUCAGAGACCCGUUAAUUAAUUAAUUAGUUCUGUUAAUCAAUUAAUGUUUGUGGGUUUUGGGCCAUUAUAGGUGUGGAGGGUUUGUUUUUGUUUUUUUUGUUUUUCUUAAUUUUUUUCUUCACGGGAGCUGUAUAUUUAUUUGAGAUGAAAUGGAAGAAUUUCCUGUUCUCCUUA